AAAAGAAAAAGCCUUAAAAAAUUUUAACCUUCUCUCUCUACCUAUCAGACAAAUCCAGGUGCUCCGGCCAGAAGACAAAACAGACAACCUCCAGCACGAACAAAGAACUGGGUUUCAUUCUGUUGUCAAGAAACUGUCAGAGCUAUGGCCACAAACGAAGGCUUUCAAGGUGUUUCAAAUUGCUAUGUAUUCAAGAGCCAGUUACAAGAAUAUGCACAAAAAGUGGAAAUACCUACACCAGUAUAUGAGACUAUAAAAGAAGGUCCUUCUCAUGAGCCUUCCUUUAAGUCCACAGUAAUAGUUAACAAUGUCAGAUAUGAUUCUUUGCUUGGGUUUUCCAAUCGUAAGUUAGCAGAGCAGUCAGCUGCCGAAGUUGCUCUCGUGGAGUUAGCUAAGUCUGGUGAUAUCAAUCAAUCCAUCUCACAACCUAUUCAUGAAACUGGUCUGUGCAAAAAUCUGCUUCAAGAGUAUGCACAGAAGAUGAAUUAUGCUAUUCCUUUAUAUCAGUGCCAAAAGGAAGAAACUCCUGGUAGAGUGCCACUAUUUUCAUGUACUGUAGAGAUCGGGGGAAUUCGUUAUGUUGGAGCUGCGGCAAAAACGAAAAAAGAAGCUGAGAUAAAAGUAGCUAGAACUGCUCUGUUAGCUAUCCGGUCAAGUAAAUCUGAGUCAUCUAUGGAACCAGUUGGCAACACUCAGUUAACAGUGCUUCCAUCUAAAAAAAGGCGGGCAGAAUCAAAUACUAAAUCUGAAGAGACUGCUAAUGUUCCUAAACCAAAGAAAGGUCGAUUUAAGAAGAGAAACUUCAAAAAGAAACUCUCAGGAGACAUGGUGGGCCAGACUCAAGUUCGAAAUGUAGGUGGUAGUGAAAUAUCAGGAGGGGGAGCUAAUCCAUCUGUUAAACCAAUGGAUGCAGAAGUUACACCAAACGCUCAUGACUCGAUGUCCCAUGUUAUCCCAAGUGAGAAUCGAACAUCUGCCUCGGAACCUGGUUCGGUUCCCCAGGUUAAUACUUUUAGUGCAAAAAAGGGACAGUCAACAGCUUUGUUUUUCAAUCACGGCGACUAUGGGACUCUUGAUGAGGGAGCAUUUCCAAUUUCAUAUGGAAAUAUAACUCCCUUGGCCAAGGAAGUCAAUAUGGUGUCCGGAGCAGCGGAGGCGGUUUCACUUGCAAAUCAUGGCGACGACAAUGGGACUCUUGAUGUGGAAGCAUAUCCAAUUUCAUGUGGAAAUAUAACUUCUGUGACCAAGGAAGAGAAUAUGGUGUCUGGAGCAGGGGAGUCGAUUUCACUUGCAAACAAUUCCAACCUACAGCUUUUCAAUCACGGGGACAACAAUGGGACUCUUGAUGUGGAUCCAAUUUCAUGUGGAAAUAUAACUUCCGUGGCCGAGGAAGCGAAUAUGGUGUCCAAAGCAGGGGAGGCGGUUUCACUUGCAAGCAACUCCAGCCUACAGCUUUUCAAUCACGGCGACGACAAUGGGACUCAUGAUGUGGGAGCAUAUCCAAUUUCUUGUGGAAAUAUAACUUCUGUGGCUGAGGAAGCAAAUAUGGUGUCCGGAGCAGGGGAGGUGGUUUCAGUUGCAGACAACUCCAACCUACAGUUUUUCAAUCACGACGACAACGGGACUCUUGAUGUGGGAGCAAAUCCAAUUUCAUGUGGAAAUAUAACUUCCGUGGCCAAGGAAGCGAAUAUGGUGACCAAAGCAGGGAAGGCGGUUUCACUUGCAAACAGCUCCGACAUACAUUAUUUGGAGGCUUCAAAUGUCAUGGCUGGUCUGAACCAAUCAGGAAAUGAAUCCAAGCAGGUGUAACAUAUAUGGUAGGAGUAUUCCUAUAAAAGAAAAGAAAAAUGAAAUAUAUGGUAGGAGUAGGACUUAUUAUUAUCUAACAGAAACUGAGGCCUGCAGUUGUUUUGAACAAGGAUGUGAGAAAGAGCCUUGACUUGCAGAACAGGGGUUUUAGGUUUGAACCCUCACGGUACCUUGGUAGUGUAUGUGUGAGAAAUCCCCCCUCCCCUUUGUAGUUUAGAUUAUGGCAUCGGCUUGUAUUCACUGAACUGAUUUGAUUAACUUCCACCAGUUCGUAGAAUACCCCAUUAAUCUUGUGGAUGGAAGGCGUGUAUGUUGUUGGCGAGGAUUUCUUUUGGAAUAGUGAAUUAUGGACGUUGCUAAUUAUUUUUCUUUUC